AUGGGCAAUCUUGAAUCCCAAAAGCACAUCUCGCCCGACUCUGGGUUUCCCAUCACCAUCCAUCCUGCUUUCAACAGCAAGAUUCAGGCUCAUGUUCCGCCAGAGCCGUUGCGCAAGGAGGUGUUUCCCGAUAAGGACCGGGCCCUGUUUGCCGAUCCUGAGAAAAAAGCUUUGUUCUCGGUGGCCAAGCGCGUUGACCUGACCGAAUCCAUUGGCACCGUGCUCGAAAAUGUGCAACUGUCGCAACUGUCGCCACAGCAGCUGGACGAGCUGGCGCUACUGGUCACGGAACGCGGCGUGGUCUUCUUCCGGGACCAAGACCUGACGACAGACAAGCAGGUCGAGCUGUUUGAGCACUACGGCAUCCUGGACCGACACCCGGCGCAGAAAGAUGUUCGCCAUGUCGUGAUCAAGGGCAGCACCGAGGAUCACCGCAACAUUUUGAGCUACACGCCGUGGCCAUCCGGCGAUUUUCACGCCGACACGUCCUUUGAGAUCAACCCACCGUCGUAUUCGAUGCUACGUAUGGAGGAACAUCCUGCUGUGGGCGGUGACACAGCGUGGAUCUCACAGUACGGCUUGUACGACACACUGAGCAAGGCCAUGAAGACAUUUGUUGACGGGCUACACACGGUACACACGAGCCGGCUGCAGUACGAUACGAUUAUCGAUCUAUGGGGCGUAGGCCCUAACCGACCGCCUAUUGACACACACCACCCGGCAGUGCGCACGCACCCGGUCACUGGCCUCAAGGCGCUCAAUGUGAACCCAGGUUUUGUGACUGGAUUUGCCGAACUGAAAAAGGUCGAAAGUGACAAGCUGCUCGACUUUUUUCAGUAUCACAUUCACUCAGCCGACGACCACUACGUGCGUUGGAAGUGGGAGGUAGGCAGCGUGGCAUUCUGGGACAACCGCUGCUCAGUGCAUCGCGUUAUUCCCGGCACAUACAAGGAAACACGUCGCGGUAUCCGAACGACCGUCUUCGGCGAGAAGCCAUACUUUGAUCCCAAGAGCGAAGGCCGUAUUGAGAGAAAGGACCGUCUCGAUGCGGAGACCGGCGUGGUCCAAGAAGAGCGGUCUGUUGUGCCGAUCCUGGAGGACAAGGAGCCGCAGGCCAACACCCCGGCGUAG